AUGGCUUAUGGCUCUCCUGAAGGAUAUGUCAGAUACCAGCGUGGUUUGCGUCAAGGGGACCCCCUGUCGCUGCUGCUCUUUGUUCUUGUGGCUGACGUGCUCAGCUCUAUGUUCAACCAUGCUCUUACUUCACACAUUCUGUAUGGGGUCCCGCUUGGUAAUUUUGGAAAUGUUUGCCAUCUGCAAUACGCAGAUGAUCUGAUCAUUUUAUCAGCAGGAGGGACCGAGGACCUUAAGAUUAUUAAGUUAAUCCUAUUUAUCUACAAAGAUAUAUCUGGUUUGGCGAUUAACCUCCACAAAACUUGCUUGUUCUCUACCGGUUUUGGAUCCCUGCCCAGCCAAUCUUCCCUGGGCACGCUUAAUUGUGCUGCUAGCACCCUCCCGAUCACAUAUCUGGGGGUACCGAUUGCUGGUAGAAGGCCGCGAUAUCAGGACUGGGAGGUUCUCAUCCACAAAGUCAAGGAUAGGCUCACCUCUUGGAAGGCCAAUUACCUGUCACUGGGGGGCAGGCUCAUUCUCAUUAAUUCCGUUUUGUCGGCGUUACCCACUUACUGGAUGUCGAUCUUUCGUCUCCCUAAGUGGGUGGUCAAACGUAUUGACGGCCUAAGAAGAGAUUUCUUGUGGAAGGGUCCUGAUCUGGAUAGGCCUAAAUGCGUCUGGUCAACUGGCUUAGACUGUGUCUCCCUAGGAAUCAAGGGGGCUGGGGGAUCAUCAAUCUUGCCGAGUUCAAUGGUGCUCUUCUCGGGAAAUGGUGGUGGAAAAUCUUAA